AUGCAAAGUCAUCGCUGCCCGCCCGCCCACCCACACAGUCUUCGAGAAAACGACAACGAUAGCCUUUUAUGCUUCCAUCCUACUGUAUCCUAUGGCCCUGAGACUCGGAAAUGUGUCCAGUUGGAUGCAGAGUCAUCGUUGCCCACCCACACACACAGCCUCCAAGCCCACCACGACCAAAAACCGUUAUGCGUGAAGCUUUACUUAAGGCACCCAGGGGUGCUGCCGCAGACUCCCUCCCAUUGGCAUCGCAAACACAUCCUUUCCUCCUGUAUCCAUCCCCCUCGCAUACAACAACCACUCCGAAAGCUUUCACUCGCACAAUCUACUUUCUACCGCCUCCUGUCAGGUACCCUGCGCUUCCAUUCCGUCGUAGAGCUUUGCCGUCUUCGGGGAAUCAUGGACCCGUUGAGUAUCCUAGAACUGGUCGGCGCGGUAGAGCAGGUCGUCAGCCUUGUGCAAAAAGCCAUAGACACCCACGAUGCCUACAAGAAUAACGGAAGCUUGGCCACAAAAGUCCUCAAACAGUACCUCGAGCUCCAGAAAUUGACGGAGAAUGUCGCCAACGUCCCCAUUCACGACCUAGAACCCCUACACAAGAAUGAGUUGCAAGCUCAGGUUCAAGUCGUGUCGCGCUCUGUUUCGGGGUUGGUCAAGGAACUCAAGGAUGAAACAGAGAAUCCGAAAGGUAAAUUACAUGCCUUGGCGUCAGCCACCGGAGUUCGAGAUGUCUUAUUGCAGCGCCAACAGGAAGCCGAAAAGCUCUAUGCUUCCAUUGAUAACGUAAGGAAGGAAUUGCACGGGGUGAGAGAGACGCGCAGACAAGGAUCGCGCGUAGUUCGUGAGAUACGCUCACAUGCACCGGUAGGCGACGUGUUCAAGCCCAGCUUCGCGGUUGAAUUCAACCCUUCUACAGUGCUCAUUGAUUUAAAGUCUACAUGUCGCGGCUGUACUGAUCCUGACACUGUAGAGAGAAAGCUAAAAGCGGCUGUUCUGAGCACCAGAAUAACUUCGCAUGUAGGCGCAACGGCAGUUGGACAAGCCGGCGUCGGAAAAACAUGUGCCCUCCGAGCAAUUGCACAUGAUGAAGAGGUUGUCAAGCGCUUUCCAGGGGGAGUAUAUUUUUCAACUCUAGGGAAAGACGCAAGAGAAGCAGAGCUGAAGCAACGACUCUGCGACGUUGUCCGCAUCUCUGGGGGACGUGAACAAGGGGACAAGCUGUCCAAUCUGGCCGACCUGGAUGGGGUGCUAACAGGGGUUAAAAGUUGGUUUUCAGAUCAUCAGUGCCUGUUCAUUUUCGAUGAUAUCUGGUCGCGCAACAACAAUGAUGAGAAGAUCCUGCUAAAACUCUCGAGCCUUGCCAGCACCGCAGUGCGCAAUGGUCAGCCAGCCAGCAAGGUUUUGUACUCCACAAGAGAUCCGACCCUAUCACAUCUUGGCGAGCAAGUUAAGUUUGAGCCGAGAGAAGGGCCUGAUGCGUACGACAUUCUAAUUCAUACGAGUGGAGCAUCGCGUGGUGAAGUAGAAAAUCCGAUAUCGAGAGAGGCGUUUCGCGAGAUUCUUGACAUGUGCGCGGGACUGCCACUGGCUCUGAAUGUAGCAGGAGCUAGUGUUAAACAAUCAAGAGGCGAUCUUGCCGGGGACGUACCAAAGCUGUGGACGUUGUACCUGAAAACGAUCAAAGAGAGCCCAGGAAGCGGUACGAUUGGCGCACAGGAGGCAAGGGGCGGGUAUAAAUCGCUCUACGCAAUGCUGCGCUCGUCUUUACAGCAUCUAGACUCGCAUGACAGCGAGGAAUCUCCGUCUUUCUCGAAAAUGCACCGCGCGUUGUGUGUUAUGAAGAAACAGACUGUGAUGCCUCUAGCGGUGUUAAGGGAUCUCUGGGGAGCGGGCGAUGUUAACAUUGCAAGAAAGUAUGCGACUCAGAUGGAAAGUGUGGGGUUGGUUGACAUUGGAGUUUUGGCGGACACGACAGACCAAGGAAUACGUCUUCAUGAUCUUACGCAUGAUUUCGCAGUCUCCGAAGCACAGCGGGUGGAAGGCCCCGGCUGGACCAAGCACUGGUGUCGGGAGCUGAUUGACAGCUAUCGGAAAGAGAGGGAUGUGCUCGAAGCAGUAGUUGAAGAUCAGGUCCCCAAGGAGGCUAGCGAGGCGGAGGAGGGAUAUUUUUUCGAGAAUAUUUGUCGACUACUUGUCGGGGCUGAGCUGAUGAAAGAGCUGGGCUGCUUGCUUCUUAGUAGCAGGUGGAUAUUGAAGGUGUUGCUAAGAAAAGCUGUGUGGCAGCUGGUAGAAGCGGUAGAGGAGUUGAGGAAGCUUGCUAGUGAGAAACCAGAAGCGAUUGCAAGUGAGCAGUUGUCUGCAAUAGUUCUGGUGAUGCAAGCUGCGCGGCUGAGUGUAUCGUCUUGCGAUGAGAGCGUUGCCGGUAUCUGCUUUCAGCUUUACAGCAGGGCAAUGCACAAACGGGGCGUGAAGAGCGUGGAGAGCUUCUUGUUGGACAUCGAGAAGUUUGCGCCCAGACCGUGGUUACUCCCAAUACGUUCAUGUCUAACUGCAGCUGGGGGGAGGUUGCUGGAGACCUUUUACAUUCGCGAUUCAUGUGUUAAGAAGGUGAUGUUCGAUUCGGACGGCGCGGUCGUUGGACUGGGGUAUGAUCCCGAUGAGGGCAGCGAAGAUGUGGAAGUAUUCAAGAGUACCCAACACGGGGCAUUUAAUAGAACGGUUUGCGGCCCUUUCAGAUCAGAGGACGAAGGGGCUCUGAGCCGAACGGGAAGCGAGACACAAAUGGCUCGGACGAGUCAAGCAGCGGCAGAAGGCCAAAGGCCAACGGCUAGGACGAGUCGAGCAGCAGCAGAAAGUCGGCAUCCGACACAACGAGGCGCCUGGAUCAGGACUGUGGGAAAGAUGCUUAGCGAAAGAAUGGCUGCCUGCUCUUGCUUUCGCCGGGCCCCUGAGAAUGACCGUGCCGAUGGCGGCGCUGACGCUGACGUGUCUGAUGACGGCACAUCACGCGUGACAGGUAGUGACAGUGCCGAUAGCGUGACGCCUGGCGUACCCUUCGUAACAGCCGCUUGUCUCUCUGCGGACAGCACCCGUGCUGUUAUCGGAUUCAGCAAUGGGGAUUUGAUUUCUUGGUGCACCAGAGAACACGAGCUUGUUCAAUCCUUCAAAGGCCAUUCCGAUACGAUAUACGAUGUCGUAAUGAGCGGUGACGGGAAACGGAUUGCGUCGGGGUCAGGUGACGAGACGGUGCGAGUAUGGGACGCUGAGACGGGACGUCAAAUCGGCCACACGAUGACCGGGCACACGGAUUGGGUGACGAGUGUGUCGAUGAGCGGGGACGGGAAACGGGUUGCGUCGGGGUCAUAUGACAAGACGGUGCGAGUAUGGGACGCUGAGACGGGACGUCAAAUCGGCGACACGAUGACCGGGCACACGAAUUGCGUGACGAGUGUGUCGAUGAGCGGGGACGGGAAACGGGUUGCGUCGGGGUCACGUGACGAGACGGUGCGAGUAUGGGACGCUGAGACGGGACGUCAAAUCGGCGACACGAUGACCGGGCACACGAAUUGGGUGACGAGUGUGUCGAUGAGCGGGGACGGGAAACGGGUUGCGUCGGGGUCAGAUGACAAGACGGUGCGAGUAUGGGACGCUGAGACGGGACGUCAAAUCGGCGACACGAUGACCGGGCACACGAGUUUGGUGACGAGUGUGUCGAUGAGCGGGGACGGGAAACGGGUUGCGUCGGGGUCACGUGACAAGACGGUGCGAGUAUGGGACGCUGAGACGGGACGUCAAAUCGGCGACACGAUGACCGGGCACACGGAUUGGGUGACGAGUGUGUCGAUGAGCGGGGACGGGAAACGGGUUGCGUCGGGGUCAGUUGACGAGACGGUGCGAGUAUGGGACGCUGAGACGGGACGUCAAAUCGGCGACACGAUGAACGGGCACACGAGUUGGGUGAGGAGUGUGUCGAUGAGUGCUGACAGCCAGAAGGUGCGGUCCGUGUCGUUUGAUGGAACGGUGUUGCAAUGGAAAGCGCGUCCGGGUGUCUCUGAUUUGCAGUGGAAAGCGUGGCCGGGUGUCUCUGACAUGGACCAAAGCUGCGAAACGAAUGCUCAUGAAUUUGAAGGCCACGUACGGCCCUUGGACGCAUUCGGCAUCGUUAGUCGCGAGGGCAGAGCAUUUGUCAAACAGGGAGAUGGUACCGAAAUCACUCUGGCAGACUUUGGAAGUCCAGUUUCCACCUUCGACAUGGACGUGGAGCGCGGCACUGUAGCCGUUGGCAUGGAGAGUGGCAUGUUUGGCAUCCUGACAGUUGUGACUGCGUAACAUCCGAGGCGGUAGGAAACAGGCUCGUCGCCGCACUUUUGCUUAUCACACCAUUGAAAUGGCUGCGUCGUAAGUGACGAAGUUGGAAGUGUCUUGGGACGUUCCCGUUACAGUGAGUAGUACGUGCACACCCGUGUUGCAUGCACUAAAAGUGCAGUACUCCCGGAAGGUUGUUGCGCAUUUACAGUAAAUAUCUGGUGUCUUUCCUUA